UGACUGCCCAGUUCCGCUCGGGGGUGAUGCCCGCGGCGCCGCGCUGACCAGCUGUCUCCUCCCCUCUCUCUCGCCUAUGGCUGCCGCCGCGCCCCCGGCCUGGCUGCUGCCGGUCCUGCUGCUGCCGGUCCUGCUGCGGGCCGCCCCGGGCCCCGGCCUGGAGGCGCAGCUGUGCGGUUAUACAUGGGAAGCAACUGAUACAGACAGACAGGUGCUUUAUAAAAUAAACUUCUGUGACCCUAUUGAAGAGUGUGAAGGAUCAAGUGCAGUUUGUGCAUACGACCUGAAUAAAAAGACCUAUCUGUCAGUAGGUGACUCAUCUCUGAGAAAAAGCUCUAAAACACUUUUAGAGUUCAACACUACAAGGACCUGCUCACAAGAAGGCACUGAACACAUGAUACAAAGCAACAUUAACUUCCUUUGUGGGAAGACUCUGGGAACCCCUGAAUUUGUGACUGCAACUGAGUGUGUGCACUACUUUGAAUGGAGGACCUUUGUUGCUUGCAAGAAGGACUUAUUUAAAGCUAAAAAAGAGGUACCUUGCUAUGUUUUUGAUGGCCCUUGGAAGAAACAUGACUUGAAUCCACUGAUCAAGAUUUCAGGGAGCUACUUGGUGGAUGACUCGGAUGAUGAUUCUUUGUAUAUUAAUGUCUGCAGAGACAUAGAAAGCUCAGAUGAUGAGACCAGAAGAUGCCCUGAAGGUAGUGCUGCUUGUUUGUUGAAGAAAGGCCAUGCAUUUGAUGUUGGCCGCCCCAAAGAACAACUGAAACUGCUUGGCAAAGACAGGCUUGUGCUGAGUUAUGAGAAAGUAUACAGUGAAGAAGAGAUCCCAGACUUCUGUUUGGGCCAUAACCCAGCAGUGACUAUUACUUUUGUGUGCCCAUCCAAAAGAGGGGGAGAGAGCACAAGCCCCAAACUCACUGCCAAAAUCAACUGCCGGUAUGAAAUUGAAUGGGUUACAGAGUAUGCCUGUCACCGGGAUUACCUGGAGAGUAGAAACUGUAGUCUCACCAAUGAGCAGCAUGAUAUCUCCAUUGACUUGACGCCACUUACUCAGCCUCCAGGUUAUGUCACACCUUAUAUGGCCAAAGAUGAGAGACAAGAGUAUUACUAUUACUUGAAUAUAUGUGGGAAAACCACUGCAGGAAACUGCCGGGAUAAUGGAGGAUAUGUUUCAUCUUGCCAAGUGAAAUCUAGUAAUUACCAACAAAAAGUAGCAGGAAAAUUUGAAAACCAAACCCUUAGGUAUUCAGAUGGGGACCUCACUUUGACUUAUCCAAAUGGUGAUGCAUGCAGCUCUGGCUUUCAGCGGAUGACCGUUAUAAACUUUGAAUGCAAUGAAACAGCAAGUAAUGAUGGUAAAGGGGCUCCAGUGUUCACUGGUGAAGUGGACUGCACAUAUUUCUUCACCUGGGAUACGAAAUAUGCCUGUGUAAAAGAGAAGGAAGAUAUCCUUUGCAGAGUUGCUGAUAAGAAGAAACGGUACGACUUGUCACCUCUCACUCGCAGUUCAGAAUCAGCCCAGAAUUGGGAAGCUGUGGAUAGCAGUCUUACAGAAGCAGAGAAGAAACGCUACUACAUCAAUGUCUGUCAUAAAGUGCUUAAGAAGGGGGGAGCACUUGGCUGCCCAGAUGAUGCGGCUAUCUGCUCUGUUGAUAAACAAAACAAGGCUAAAAAUCUUGGGACAUUUAUGUCAUCUCCCCAAAAAGUUGGAGAGAGUAUUCAGCUUGUUUAUCAGAAUGGCGACAGCUGUUUGAGUGACAAGAAAAUCAAAACUGUCAUAAUGCUUGUGUGCAAGCCAGGUGAUCUAGAAAGUGCUCCUGUUCUAAUAUCUGAAAACGAUGAUGAAUGUUUGUAUGAAUUUGAGUGGCAUACUGCUGCUGCCUGUGUCCUAUCCAAAACGGAAGGAGACAACUGCAGAGUCUCUGAUUCUCAGGCUGGAUUUUCUUUUGACUUGUCACCAUUGACCAAAAAAAGUGGGAGCUAUAUUGUUCAUGCCCCUGAUUAUGACUUCUACAUAAAUAUUUGUGACCGUGUACCACAGGAAUCGUGUCCAGGAGAAUCUGCAGCAUGUCAGGUAUCAAAAAGCAACCAUGGUGCAUGGAGUCUUGGAGCGCUCAGUUCCAAACUUUCAUAUUACGAUGGAAUGAUUCAGCUGACCUACAAAAACGGUACACCUUACAACAAUGAGAACCAGACUCCACGUUCUACCCUUAUAACUUUUCUGUGUGAUCGUGAAGCUGGAAUAGGUCAACCUGAAUACCAGAAAGAAGACAGUUACACAUACAACUUUAAGUGGUACACUGAACAUGCCUGUCCAGAGAUGCCAUUAGAGUGCAUUGUUACUGAUCCCACCACCAUGCAACAAUAUGAUUUGUCAAGACUAUCAAAAUCUGAAAAAAGAGGUGAAAACUGGUAUGCCAUGGAUAACUCUGAGCCAAACCAACGUAGGAAAUACUACAUAAAUAUCUGUCGGCCCUUGAUUCCAGUUCCAGGAUGUGAUCGACAUGCAUCAGUCUGUCAAAUGAAGUAUGAAAGAGAUUAUGAUUCUAUUUCUGAAGUCCCUUCCAUUAGUAACCUGGGAGUUGCUAGCAAAGGACUUGUAAUUGAAAGACCUGGUCGAGUUCUUUUAACCUACACAGGUGGUUCUGUGUGCAUCAAUGCUGAUGGACAGAAUAUCUCCUAUACAACUGUAAUCCAUUUCACCUGCUCCGAAGGCACUCUUGGUAGCAGCCCAAGGUUUAUUGAUGACCGAGAAUGUGUGAUCACCUUCCUGUGGGAAACAGAAGCUGCAUGUCCAGUUAAAACAACGAGAGAUGAAACUCAGUCCUGUUCUGUGAGAGAUCCAAACAGUGGCUUUCUGUUCAACCUGCAACCUCUAGCUUCAGAAAAAGGAUAUAAAGCCAGUGGAACUGGGAAGAGCUACAUGCUAAAUAUUUGUGGGCCAGCACCGGAUUGUGGUAAUAUCAAUGGAAAACCAGCUGCUGGAUGUGAAACAGAUCUAAAAUCAGUAAGGACGGUGGAAUUGGAUAAAACCCUUCGUCUAUCUACUGAAGGACUUCUCACUCUCACCUACAAAGGCCCUCUUGUUGCAGCAUCAGGAACUUCAGAUACAUUCACAAUAACUUUCAUUUGUAACAACUCCUACCCUGGAGAACUCAGAUUUGUACGAGAAGAAACUAGCACUUCAAAAAUCCACCAUGCUUUCUUUGAGUUCUACACAGCCUUAGCCUGUACCCCUGCUCCAGUAGACUGUCAGGUUACUGAUCUUGCUGGCAAUGAGUAUGAUCUAAGUGACUUGAGCAAGGAACAUGAGCCUUGGGUUGCUGUAGAUACUUCAAAAAAUGCAAAAACAAGAACGUUCUAUUUGAAUGUUUGCAAGCCUUUACCUUAUGGGCCUGGAUGUCCUGGGGGAGCAGUAGGCUCCUGUGUAAAGUAUGCUGAUAGAAGCCAGAACCUUGGUAUUAUUCAGAUAAGUCCUCAGGUUACCACUGGUGGAUCUCUUAGUAUUAUUUACUUAAAUGGUGACAUAUGCAAAGAUAAGCAGCGGUAUUCUACGCGGAUCAUCUUUCAGUGCGACCAAACCAUAGGAUCGCCAGUAUUUGAGGAAGAGGACGGAUGUGAAUUUGUAUUUAUCUGGAGAACUCUGGCUGCCUGUCCCCUUCACAGAGCAGAAGGUGAUAAAUGUCAGGUAACAGAUCCAAGAUAUGGUUAUGUAUACAAUCUGAAACCUCUUUCUGUGAAGGAUAUGAAAGUGAGCACAGAUGAAUAUGACUACUAUUUCAGAGUCUGUGGCACAAUAGCAGAAUCAUGCAAGUCAGUGGAUCAUACAGUAUCCUCAUGCCAAGUAAAGAAGACAAACUCAACUUCUAGAAAAAUAGCAGGAUUGUACAAUGAAAAGCUGACAUUUGAAAAUGGACUAAUAAAGAUUAACUACACCAGUGGGGAGAGAUGCCACAAAAUAUAUGAGCGAUCAACUACUAUAUUGUUCUACUGUGACAACAGUGCUCUGGAGCCCAUGUUUCUGAAGGAAACUCCAGACUGCACCUACUUAUUUGAAUGGCACACCCCGUAUGCUUGCCUGCCCUUGAGAUCUGUAGAGUGCUACUACAAAGACAGUGAAGGAAACUCAUUUGAUCUUUCAUCUCUGACACGGCAUAGAGAGAACUGGGAAGCUAUUUCCAUGUUUGGUUCUGCACAGAGAUACUAUAUUAAUGUCUGCAAGUCCUUAGUGACACAUGGAGGUGCAGGUUCCUGUCCAUUAAAUGCUGCUGCUUGCCUGGUGGAUGGUUCCAGUUAUAUCAAUAUAGGGGAGGUUGCUGAAGGACCACGAUGGGAAAAUGGCAUUACUGUUCUCAAGUAUGUUAAUGGGGAUAAGUGCCCAGACAAGAUUCGCAAGAAGAUGACAAUACUGCGCCUCAAGUGUGAUGAAAGUAAAGUUGAAUCUAAACCAGAGCUGGUAACUGCGCUGGAAGACUGUGAAUAUACUUUCUUGUGGUUCACUGCUGCUGCAUGUCCUUUGACAAACAACAUGAACAAUGAUUGUAGAGUAACAAACCCAGUCACAGGCCACCUGUUUGACCUGAAUUCUUUGAAGAGGGAAGCUGGCUACACUCUCUAUGACAACAAGAGCAGAAAAACUGUUCAGUUGGGUAUUUGUGAUGAAGUUAAAAGCUCAUGUGGUACUGGGGUUGGCGUCUGCAUUAGUGAUGGUCAGAAACAUAUUAUUGCUGGAAGACAGAGCAAAAUGUUAACCUAUCAGGAUCAAGUACUGAAACUGGUCUAUGAAGGGGGAGAUCCUUGUCCAGUGAAUUCUGCAUUGAAACACAGAAGUCACUUUAGCUUUGUGUGCAAAUCAGAUGCUGGAGAUGGUCAGCCUGUUCUCUUAUCUUUUGAUGAACAGACCUGCACACACUACUUUUCCUGGCAUACUUCUCUAGCUUGUGAAGAGGAGGUGAAAUGCUCGGUGUUGAAUGGCAGCUCAGUUAUUGACCUCUCCCCUUUGAUCCAUCGAACGGGUUAUUAUGAGGCAUUUGAUGAUGAUGAUCUAACUGACCUCACUCCAGACUUCUACAUUAAUAUUUGUGAGCCCCUCAAUCCAAUCAAAGAUGUCAGCUGCCCUCCUGGGGCAGCAGUCUGCAUGGUUCCUGUUACUGGUCCUCCUAUAGACAUUGGUCGCAUCACUGAACCUCCCACUCUAAAUCCUGCAACAAAUGAAGUCCAUAUUACUUUUAACAGUACCACGCCUUGUCCAGCAGACAGAAAGCUCAACUAUACUUCCCUUAUAGUCUUCCAGUGUGAAAGAGGAAUAGCUCUGGGGAAGCCAAAGAUGAUAAGAAGGCUUGACUGCAGCUUUGUGUUUGAGUGGGGCACUCCGUUGGUGUGUCCCGAUCAAGUGAAAACUUCAGGCUGUUCUGUGACUGAUGAGCAGUUGCACUACACUUUUGACUUGUCCAGCCUUUCUAAAAACACAUACAAGAUCUUGUCUGGCUCCAACAGUUACCAUGUUGGCGUGUGCGCUAAAGUAGUAGAUGUACCGCAGGGAAAAUGCAAAGACGGGGCAGUAUGCCUGGUGUCUGAAAACAGUGCUGCUUCCUUUGGAAAUUUCAAAGAAAUGAAAAUGGAUUACAGGCAUCAGGAUGAAACUGUCAUUCUGCAGUACACAAGGGGUGAUCAGUGCCCUCCAGUGACCGAAAAGGGUGAACUUUGUGUCUUCCCCUUCAAGUAUAAAGACAAGAACUAUGAGGAGUGCAUUACAGAUGGAGAAGGAAAACCGUGGUGUUCCACAACUAAGGAUUAUGACAGAGAUGGAAAAUGGGGAUUUUGUGGAAAUGUGGUUGGGAAUCGGGAAUCUACUAUUAUUUUCAAGUGUGAUGAAAAUGCUGGCGAAGGCACCCCUCAGCUUUUGAGUGAGACACUUGGCUGUGCUGUGACAUUUGAGUGGAAGACGCAGGUGGUUUGUCCUCCACAGAAGAUGGAAUGCAAGUUUAUCCAAAAGCACAAAACAUACGAUUUGAGAGUGCUUUCUUCCCUUACAGGAUCUUGGGUCUUCUCUUAUGAAGGGAGCUCGUAUUACAUGAAUCUUUGUCAGAGAGUAUAUGAAGGACCUACAGGAUGCUCUGACAGAGCUAGUAUUUGCAAAAAAAGCCAAAAUGGAGCUGUUCAGGUGCUAGGACUUGUACACACGCAGAAGCUGAAUGUGACAGAUGAUAAAGUAUAUAUUAGUUACUCCGGUGGACAAGAAUGUAGUGAAAACAAGAAAACAACAACUGUUAUAGAACUGAAAUGUGCAAAAACAGUUGGCAAGCCUGUGUUGCAACGGUUUGAUGGAGAAAACUGUGCUUACUACAUCACGUGGGAAACGCGGGCAGCUUGUGCUGUGAAGCCACAAGAGGUGGAGAUAGUGAAUGGGACAGUUAUUAAUCCUACAUCUGGAAAAAAUUUCAGCUUGGGUGAUAUUUUUUACAAAUUAUACACAGCUUCUGGGGAUAUACGGACAAAUGGUGACACAUACGUGUAUGAAAUUCAGCUUUCUUCUAUAACUGACUCGGCGCACCCACAGUGCUCUGGAGCAAACAUAUGCCAAGUUAAAACUAACAGCCCUUACCAAAGAAGAGUUGGCUCGUCCAAUAAAGCCAAAUACUAUAUUCAAGAUAAUGACUUGGAUAUUGUCUUUUCGUCUGACUCGCAGUGUGGUAAAGAUAGAUCCAAGUUUGUCUCCUCAACAAUCUUCUUCCACUGUGAUCUGCAGGCAAAGGAAGGCAUCCCUGAAUUCCUCCAUGAGACAUCAGAUUGUCAGUACUUAUUUACAUGGUACACAUCUGCUGUCUGUCCAUUAGCAAUGUCUGAGGUUCCAGAAAGCAAUGAGGGUCAGAUUGACCAGGAAGCACAAAUUCAUAAAGGCCUUUCAGGAAGAAGUCAAGCAGUUGGCGCUGUGCUUAGUGUCCUCCUGGUGGUUCUCACUGUGUGCCUGCUGAUUCUCUUGUUUUACAAAAAAGAAAGGAGAGAAACUGUGAUGCACAAGAUAACCAACUGCUGCAGAAGAACGUCAAGUGUUUCCUAUAAAUAUACAAAGGUAAACAGUGAAGAAGAAGCUAAUGAGAAUGAAACAGAGUGGCUUAUGGAGGAAAUUGCUGCGCCAAAUCAGAAACCAGGAAAAGGAGGACAAGAGAAUGGGCACAUCACCAAAUCUGUUACAUCGGAUGCCUUCACCUCUCUUCAUGUGGAUGACAUGGACAGUGAGGAUGAAGUUCUAACCAUUCCAGAUGUAAAGGUUCACUCGGCGAGAGGGCCACAGUCCAGAGGCUCGGACAAGAACAGGCACCAGCAGAAGAAGCCACCUAGCCAUGGAAGGGAUGACAAGGCCAGCUUGCUGAAUGGAGGGAAGGAAAGCAAAACAGCAGCCAAGUUGCCAAGUCAUCAGACACAGGACUCUCUGAAUUCAGUAUCAUUCCAUGAUGAUAGUGAUGAGGACUUGUUGAAUGUUUAAAAUAACCCCUCUUGUGCCUAAUUAAAUAUAUAGAGAGAUUAUAUAUAGCGGGACAAUAAAACACUUCCAACCAAAUAUGAAGACUUCAGCUUGAGAGAGAGAGCGACUACUCUGACUUUUGCCUUUAACAAGAAAAUAUUUAAAAGGGAAGGACAAAAAGACUAGUCCUGGUUGUUUACAAUGGUCUGUUCAGUAAUGACUGGAUAUCCAGCAUCCAGUUGACUGAGUUAUAUUGAUUCUCCUUUUCUUCUCUAGCCAGGAUUUUCUCUUUUAAAAUCCUCACCAUAGGCAGUAGAUGCUUGUUUAAAAAAAUCCUUUCAAAGGAUGGGAUUAAAUCUGAAUGAAGCCCCUGACUCUUGAGAUUCAAGUUAUUUGACUAGUAUUUUAACUCUCUCCUUGUAUUUAUUGACCCUCACUACUCAGGUUUGCUGAAUCAUAGCAACAUGUUCUUCCUGCCGGCAGGGUAUUAAUCUUACAGAUUCACCCAUCAUGAAAAAAGUGUAAUUUUUGUGUCUAUUAGGGAUGGUUUGUAAAUUUUGGAACUGAUCUAAUUUAUCCUGUAAAUUUGAAUACUCCAUUCUAACUUUAAACAGAUUAUUGACUUUAAAGGUGUUUUACUUGAAAGGUACAACUCUGUACAGAGGUCGCCUGAAAUGGUAGCUGUGCUUUGCAUGAUAUUUUGGUAUUGGUUACAUGACUUAUUUUAUCAGUAUUUGCUGACAAACACCCAAAGAUGUCCCUUGACAGUGUUUGAGCAGGGUUGUGCCUGUUCAGAUGUAACCUGAUCAUUCAAGGUAGUGAAUUCAGGAUUCCUGGAAGACCAUCUUUGCCACCCUGUAAUUUCUUUUGUCUUAAGCAAAAUGCCCAAGAAAUAGAGAAGCCUUAAUUUGCACAAUAUGCAUCUCUUUGGUACUAAUUGCAUGAAGAACGGCCAUUUCUGUAGCAUUAGAUCCAACUUUAGAGCAUAGACUAAGGCCCUACUCAUUGAAUUUAAAAUGUUGCUGGUACUGAACAGAGGAAAAAAUCCAUCUCCCUACAUGAGUCUGCUCCUCAAGUGUGUUGGAUUACUUUUUUUGGGCAGUGAGAUGGUUUCAUUUGCAUAAGGUACAUGUUGGUCAAUAUCUGAAAAUAUUUGUUCCUCUUUUUGGUUGGUCUGUUUGGUUACCACAUUGAUUGGUUCUUUUCUAAGGUUAUCCAUUUUGAAUCAAAUUUAGUGUAAUAGAAGAACACUCAGCAAUUUCAAUAAAAGAUAAAUUAUUAAAUGUCCAUUCCAAACUUAUUCCUAUAGGCAUUAAAAUAGGUGCUAAAACAUUCUUUUUUUUAUACUAGGCAUCAAAACUUGCACAAAGUUCCAAACUUUCUUGGAAAUGGUUACUGUUUCUGGCUGCAGUAACAAAUGGAAGACUUAAGUGAGCCCCUAAUUAAAUCUUUUUUCCAGAUUCAGAACUUUUUUCUCUACAGUUUGCAUAACCAAUAAAGCCACAAAACAUUGGCCUUUUUUUAUAGUCCAGCUGUAAGUGUUAGUAAAUUGGCACUUAGAACUUGAGCAAUGCUUCCCCCUGUUUCUGUCCUCACCACUUCUGGAUGGUUAAAGUUGUUACAGAGUUAAUUCUUAGGAGGAAAAAUCGGGAAACAAGGGGUGCCAUUGGUUAGUUAUCCCUGGUGUUUUAAAAAUAUGUACAUAUCUUCAAAGUUAGGAUGAGGUCCUCAAGACUGGAUGCCUGUUUAAUUUGGGUGCCAAGCCACCUGUCCCCUCUGCAGCACCAUUCUCCACAGUCUUCCCUGCUGCUGUCGCAUGCUUGAACUUACACCUGCUGCAGAGGGGCUGCAUAUCUGCAGAGAGAGUAAGUGCAAAGCUGCUUGACUUCUUUGAGGAUGGAUUUUUUUUCCGUAGCACACAGCUGGGAGCAAAUUCUGGCCAGCAACAAAAGGUUGUUUAAAAAGUAGAAAUGGGAAAGUGAUAAUUAUUUAUAAAUGGAGAAAUAAAGAGAAGGAAACUAACUGUACAACAGUUCGUGGUGGCAGCAUCUGUUUUAAUAUACAAAUUUUAUUCGAGGUACACAGCAGUUUAACAAGCUAAAAGAGCUAUGUAGCUCAAUGCUUGAGAACUGCUCUAAAGGAGUUGCUGCAGUUCCCUCCACAAGUUGUGGGCAUUGAGGCAUGAAUGCUGGACAAGGUUCUGCGACCUUUGUUCUGCCAAGAAAUCAGCCCAAAGGUCCCUCAUGCGCUUUUAAUCUACUAAUCCAAGACUUAAAGUGGACAAACUUGAACAACCACAUAUAAAGAUGUCUAAAUCAAUAGGCACUCAGAAACCAAGCUGUAAAUCCUGAUUAGUAAUAUAAAUGACUGGGUUUAAACAUGUAAUUCACAAGUUACUGUGCGCCUCCCCCCCCAUUCCCCCCAGUCUGCAAUUUCCAGACUAUGCAGUGACUUUUUUUAAGGCUUCUGCCUUGUGUGUUGCUUCAGUAAUACUAUGAGUGCAGUUAGGUAAAUCAGAGCCUUGCCUAUGGCACUGAUUCAGCACUUCUGUCCAAGUAUUUUAUCCUGCUAUCACGUGGAUGUCUGGGUACUUUCCACAUACAAAUCCCUAAUGCACUUCAUAAAGUUCCUUCUCUUUGCUAGAUUAAAAACUGGGUUGUGGGGGGUGGGGGUUGACAGUCUUAAAACUGUUCAGGAGUAAUGUUCCUGUUCUAGACCUGGAGUUGUGGGGCUUUUAAGAGAACACUUAAAGCACAGACUGUUUGGCAGCCCUGGAGGCACUGUCCAGCCCUGGGUUACUGGUGGGCCACAGGAAGCUAGGGGGCAUGGGGCCUGGAUUCUGUAGCAGGCUUCAGGCCCCAGCAAAUGUGGUGAUCAGCAGCAGGAGAGUGCACAAAGGCUGCUGUGGCCUUCAUUGCCCUCCAGCUGGUUUGCCUGGUGCCACUGCCACGGCCGUACCUCCCCAGCUGCUGGACCCCACUUUGCUUUGUACUGGAGAAAGAGUUGGAGCUGCCAUUGUGGUACAGGGCAUACAGCAAUGGCAGCCCUGGCUGGCUACUGCUGCCAUUGCUGCUUCCUUGAGGGCUGGAUCCAGCCCAGGGCACAAGGAGCUCUGCGGUCCAGAUCUGGUCCAGAGCACAGGGUGCAUUUGAUGCUCCUGACUUAAAGAAUUCUUAUCUUUUGAUCUCUUACAAUGUCGGAACCAAAAACGUCUGGGGAAAGGAGCAAAGGAAGGGUAAUUGCCUGCAAAUUUGCUUUUAAACUACUCCAGUGUGGCCAUCUUUGUUUCAUGACAAGAAAGUAGUGUUUAUUAUCUAUGUUCGUGACCCCAACCCCCAAAGUGGACCCCUGUCCUCAUCAAGAUGAAGAGAAAUUUUAAGUUAGUUCUCUAGGUCAGGAUAUACUACUCUUUUGAAGGAGUCAAGCCACCAAUCUGGAAGGUAUGCUUGAUUUGUAAUGCUGUGCUGGGAUGAUUAACGAAGGGGUUUUUGACACGGUCCUUUAAAGUGCUGAAACCUGGUUUUAUUGGUAAUAGCUUGCUAUCUAGCUUUGCUAUGGAGAAACCUCCUUUUUGUCUUUAGUAUUUGAACAGGCUGUAGCACUUCUUCAGAAGAUCUCUGAGUGCUUGAAUAAGAUUAGUUAGUAUGUUCCCAUUUUAUAGAUGGUCUCAGAAAGUGGUUUUCCAAAGUAGUAUGGCGAGUAAGCCUGGACACAGAAACAAGAUUCCACAAUUAAAAAUUAGGUCUGUCUUGUCUGUCGGCACAGGCCUGUUUAGUACGGUCUCCCACAUUAAAUUGAUUAAACUGCCUUCAGGCACCCUUCAUUUACAUUUGCCCAAAACAGGAUUGCAUGCUAAAAAUGAAGUCAGGCAACUCAAUACUGUUUUCUAAGAAUGUAGCAGUGAAACUGUCCAGCAACAUCUGGACAAAUAAAACUUAGCUGUAAAAACUGCGUACAUGAGCCAGGGCUUGAGUGACUCGUUCACUGAAAUGAGCUGAUUUGUAUUGUGCUAUCUACUUCAAAAUUUCCCAUUUUUAAAGUCAAAACUCUCAAGUAGCUAUGAGAUGCCAGAAAUGAGUACAAUAUUAACUAGGCCUAAAACUGGUCUGCCAUUCCCCUUUUUUCUGUUAAUGUUAUUGGCAUAUAGUUGUCAUCAAGUAAUUUUUCUUUUUCUGUCUGUCUGUCUGUCUGUCUGUCUGUCUGUCUGUCUGUCUGUCUGUCUGUCUGUCUGUCUUCUGCUCAAAUAUUGACCGCUUUUAAACUUAAAAAACAGAAGUGCCUGGUGAACAAAUGGUCUCCAAAUGUUCUUUAACAAACCCUCGUUUUCUGUAAAUUUACCUGAGUCCCAAAAUAUCUGUUUUGGUCUUUCUGAUUGAUCCAUCUGUGAUCUACAUACAGGAACUAUACCCCUUUUCUCAGUUCCCUUAUCUGUCACUAGAUGUAUAAUAAAGACAAAAAUAUGUGCAA